GUAAAUCAAAUUUGAGUUAUUGAGGUUAUGUGUUUUGUUUUAUAUUCCAAUUAACUCAAUAUGUUUUCAGAAAAAUCCUUUGAAUUAAUUAAGGAAUUAGAAAGAUGUCCUGAUACUAUGCCACCUUUCAAUGAUGAUUUAAUUCGCCAAGUUUUGAAAGAAAUGGCUUUACUCUAUGAAGAUAAUCAAAAAGAGGCCAAUACUACAUCAUUAACUGGUUGGUCGGCAAUUCUCAUCAGACAUACAUCUCUGGAAAGAAAUAAACGUUGCUUGUUAGCCUAUUUAUAUAAUAGACUUCGCAGAAUUAGAACAAUGAGAUGGGAAUUUGGUCCAAUUCUCCCACAAGAUGUGAAAGCCAAUUUAUGUGAACCUGAAAUCCAGUGGUUUAAUAAUUAUUCUAAGUCAUUGGCUACAUAUAUGAGAUCUAUAGGUGAUGGCAUAGGGCUCAAUAUAAUGCAAGAUCUGAAGCCCCCAAAAACACUUUACAUAGAAGUACGCUGCCUAGUCGACUAUGGAAAGUUUGAAUUAGAAGAUGGAGAAGUAAUAUUCCUAAGAAAAAAUAGUCAACAUUUUUUGCCAAGAGCACAAUGUGAAUCUCUAAUACAACAAGGAAUUCUUCAACAUAUAAUUUUGUGA